CUCCGCCCAUCACUUGUUAUUCUCUGGAAGAUGACUGACUCAUAUGUCGAGCAACAGUGGGUCGUCUUCCCAAUAGUUUCAGUCGAGGUGUGAAACGGCUCUACAGACGAACAAGCCCCGACAUCACAUCGGCCCAAGUGCGCACGCCGCGACUGUCUCCUGAGAGCAGGAAGCGACUUGCGCGUGCAUCUUGGGCGCGCUGCGCGAGGAACAAGGAAGUAAUGGCCGGCUAACCUACUUCAUAACUGCUUUAACUUUAGCCUUCCUAGUCCACAUUGUCAGAAAACGUCCUCUAUGAGAAGCGUUCUCCGCCCCCCAUGUGUGCGACUGUGCCAGAGGAGACGACGUAGAGCCUUUUUAAUACAGUAGUUGUAUUAACGAGCCGAAGGGCAUGUUUCAGCAGCAGCCGCUGCAGUUUGCAGUAAUGGUGAGGGACACUCUGCGCAAAGAGAGGGAUCUGCUCAGGCCUACGUCCCAGGUAGACAACCCUCCACAGUGUCCUCAAUAUGGCACCGGAGAAUUAAAGUUUCCAGCUAUGCAAGAUGUGGAUCACCUGGUUCUCAGGGUGUUGGAAGUUCAGAACCUCCGACAGAAGAUACACGAUCUGCAGGAAGAGCUUAACUGGGAGAGGCAAAACUUUGAGUUGUUGAAUCAAGGAACGAUGCAACAGAAUGGACUGGAAACCCCAGUCUCAGAAAUCAACAGACUGCAGAAACACAUCCAGCAACUGGAGUAUAGCGUAAACACCAUGGCAACGAAACGUUUCCAGUUGCUCAUGGAGUGCGUGGACUGUCUGGACCAGUGUCAGGCACGACUCCUCAGCAGGCUGAAGGCUUGGAGGUGCGAGCAGUAUAAGGCCACCAUUGGACAUCCUUUUGAUGACAACCUGAACAUCCUGCAGACUUGGUGUGAGCAGCUUUGUGGUCUGAAUGGCAAGCUAAGGCAGGAACUAAUGCUCAUAUUGGACCCCAUCCCAGAGCUGCAGGAAAGGCUGGGACAUCUUUUGCAGGUUCUUGUUCAGAGCUCUCUUGUGGUGGACAAGCAGCCUCCUCAGGUCAUUAAGACACAAUCCAAGUUCUCCACUACUGUACGCUAUCUGCUCGGGGAGAAGGUAGCUCCAGGGAGGCCCGUGGUGUUGAGGGCACAAGUUAUUAAUGAGCUGCAGGCCAGAAACCUGAGUGUCAUACUUAGUGAUAAUGUUGGGGAAGUGAUCAAUAACACAGCCAUCCUUGAACACAACACAGCCACCAAGAGCACAUGUGCCACAUUCAGAAAUAUGUCCAUCAAGAAGAUCAAGAGAGCGGACAGGAAGGGGUCAGAGUCUGUGACAGAGGAGAAAUUUGCCCUUCUCUUCUCAACAGAGAUCACCAUCACCGGCUGUGACACUCCGUACAAGAUACAGAUGAUCUCGUUGCCACUCGUCGUCAUUGUCCAUGGCAGCCAAGACAACAACGCACUGGCUACCAUCAUUUGGGACUGUGCUUUUUCGGAACCAGACAGAGUCCCAUUUGUGGUGCCAGAUCGUGUGCCCUGGAAGCUCAUGUGUAGCACUCUCAACAGUAAGUUCAUCUCCGAGGUCCAGACGCAUCACACCCUUCACCACUACAACCAGCACUUCCUGGCCCAGAAAAUGUUUGACAAGCCAGACUUCACCGGUGAUUUCAGCAACAUGAUGGUUUCCUGGCCUCAGUUUAAUAAGGAAGUUCUCCCGGGUCGACUGUUCACUUUCUGGCAGUGGUUUGAGGGAGUGAUGGACCUAACCAAAAAACACUUGAGAACCUAUUGGAGUGAUGGGCUCAUAUUUGGUUUCAUCGGCAAGCAGCAUCUGCACCUGAUUCUCAAAGACAGGCCAAAUGGAACAUUCCUGCUUCGUUUUAGCGAUUCUGAGAUCGGUGGCAUCACCAUCGCUUAUGUUUCUGCAGCUGAACAUGGUGGACAGAUGAUCCAAAACAUUCGGCCCUUCACCAAGAAGGAUCUUGAAAUCCGUAGCCUUGGUGACCACAUCAGAGACAUAAAUGACAUCACCUCUCUGUACCCUGACUUUCCUAAACAUGACGUUUUCAAGAAGUACUAUUCAGAACCCCAAACCUCCCCCAUUGGGGGCUACAUCCCUUUCUCACUGCGUACUAAAUUGGGCAAGGAGGAUGGCUCAGUGACACCUAACGUUGUCAAUAUGUCACAUCACACCGACAGUCACCACAAUGCUGCUGGAUAUCCAUUGGAGGCUGCUUCAGUUGGAUCAGUUGUACCCUACGGGGCCACCAUGGCUCCUGUGGCCGAAAGCCCCCACAACUCUGUUGGAUUCCCAAUGCAUCAGUACCAGCAGUUCAACUCUUCAGAGUCCAUCAUCCUGGACCAGAUGGAGACCUCAGAGGCUCUUGUUGUCGAAUUCAGUCCAAACGCCGCGUCUGCCUUCACUGAUGACGGGUAGGUUUGAUCGUUCCCAUUCCUCCGCUGGCUGCUCUUCUGCUGAUGAUGUCCAGAAGGGCUCAGGUCAGGACCUAGUCUUGGACGGUCGUCUCUGUUUUUUGUGAAUAAAGUGGAAGACAUCUCCUUGUUUGAUGCCCAUAAACAAACCAUAACAAAACAUACCGCCUUUGUAGACUUUCUGCAGCCUUGUCUUCUUUGGGGCGACAAGUCAAGUCAUUAAGGACAGCAUGAACAAAAAGUAGUGAUGUCGAUGGUUUAUUUUUAGUGUCCACUUUAACUACACUUGUAUAACAGUACACAGAACACAAUUGUACUUAUGUAAAUGUAUACGUAUAUACACACACACGACAAUAUCCAUGUACAAAUACUUGCAGUCAAUGUGAGCUGAUGGGGAUGUGCUUCAAAUCAUAUGUUUUAUGACUAGAGAUUUAUGGGAUGUUUACUUCAUAACCAUUUUCUUUCAACAUGUUUUUCACUUCAGAUAUUGGCCAACGAUUUGCUGUCAGUUUUAUCUCGACCAAAUAGGGCUCAUUGAACAGGUCCAUGUAUACAGUCUCCACUUUAGGAGCUUCUUAACUGAAUAAUGACCAACAAUGUGUUGGUCAUUUAGCAAACCUACCAAUAACAAUGAUCAGAAAUAGCAAUUGAAAUAAACUUCAGAUUUUACACUGACAUGACUUCUUACUUGUAUGGUAUAUCAUCUAUCAUCUGCAUGUGGUGAGGUGAUAGAGUAUUAUUAUCAUUAUUAUUAUGAGGUAAAUAAAGUAUUAUCAUCAUAAUUUUUAUAAGGUAAAUAGAGUAUUAUCAUUAUGAGGCAAAUAGAGUAUUAUUAUCAUUAUUAUUAUUAGGUUAAUAGAGUAUUAUUAUCAUUAUGAGGUAAAUAGAGUAUUAUUAUCAUCAUUUUUAUGAGGUAAUAGAGUAUUAUUAUGAGGUAAAUAGAGUAUUAUUAUCAUUAUUAUUAUGAGGUAAAUAGAGUAUUAUUAUCAUAAUUUUUAUGAGGUAAUAGAGUAUUAUUAUGAGGUAAAUAGAGUAUUAUUAUUAUUAUCAUUAUGAGGUAAAUAGAGUAUCAUUAUCAUUAUGAGGUAAAUAGAGUUAUUAUCAUCAUUUUUAUGAGGUAA